AUGCUAAUGAGGCUAUCUGGAGAAGAUCCAUCAGAUUGGGUCUUAGAAUUCAAGAGAUUUGUAAUUGCAUCUCAAAUAAAUAUUAUAGCUGAUGCAGGAGGAGUUGUUGGUAGAGCAGAAGCAUAUAAUUUAGCUAUAUCAUGUAUAAUUGGUGAAGCAAAAACCUGGUUUGAGAAUAAAAUCAAAAAUAGAAAUUGGCAAUGUGAUAAUAUUCUUGAUGAAGCAUUAGUUGUAAGAAAUAAUGUUGGAAGUGAUAAUACAAUAACUGGUGCUAAUAUUAUUCCAGUGGGUACAUGGGAUGAAGAUUGGAGUAUAGCUGGAGGGCAUCCUGCACCUAUAGAAACUCUAUCUCCAGCCAAUUAUGCAAAUGCUGGUGCAGAUAAUUCAAUUGUUGCACUGGAAAUGACUUUUGGACAAUUUUUAUACUGCCUUGAAUAUCUUUAUCCCAUGGUUGAAGCACAAAAAAAUUUGCUUUUCUUUGGUCAGAUUGUGCAAGGAGAUAUGUCAAUACUCGAAGAUAAUAUUACAAAAGCAUUAGUUGAAGCAGAAAAAUUUUCACUACUACAAGGCAAUUUUCCAUUCCCACCUUCUGGAGGUCAAGAGAACCAAAUUACACUUUCACAAGACAAUUUCAAAAAAAUUAUAGCAAGUUUGAAAGGAACUAUUGCUAAAGGACAGCAAACUUUGAAGAAACCUCCUGGACCAGGAAAACGAAAAGCUGAUGAUCUUGCCAUAAACCAUUUUUUAGAUAAUGUUAUCAAUGACACAGAUUUACUAGAAGAAGCUUAUGACUAUGAUCCCAUUGAAGAUUUGAAAAAGCAAUUCAAGGAUUUGGAUAUCAAUCAAGCAAAACUAGCUCAAAUAAUACAUACAUAG